AUGGGUAACCUUAUCUCGCAUACGAGGCAACCAUAUGUUCGCCCGAAAGCGUCGUGGAAACCAGCUCGGGAGACCCAUGUCCGCAAGCUUUUGGAGGCGUCUCCAGGUUUGCCGGUCCCAAACCCAACCAUUCCCUUCUGGACGGUGCCUCCCGCUCCCAUCGCAACGCAUUUACCCCUAGAAUACAUUCCUGCAUAUGCAGAUAUAGUGAUCAUUGGCUCCGGCAUAACAGCGGCGUCUUUCGCCCGGACAUUAUUUGGAGAAAACGACAGUUUACAUGUUGUCAUGUUAGAAGCGAGAGAUGCUUGCUCUGGCGCUACUGGGAGAAACGGGGGACACAUCAAUCCACCUCUAUACCACGAUUAUACCACUCUGAAAGGAGACUAUGGAGAAGAUACAGCGAAAAUGAUAAUGAGAUUCCGUCUGUCGCACCUUGCUGAGAUGAAACGUGCCGCUGCUGAGGAGCACCUCACUGAAGAGUGCCAAAUUCGUGAAGUAGAGACCAUUGAUGUCUUCUAUGAUCGGACACUUUUUGAGGAGGCCAAGGAAAAGCUAAAUAGGUAUAAGACGGAUAUGCCCGUAGAAGCGUCCUCUUACCGCUCGUACGAAGCUGCAGAAGGCAUCCAGAACUUCCAUCUUUCUCCGCUCUCAGUCGGUUGCAUUAGUACUGUAGCUGGCGCUGUUCACCCUUAUCGUCUCGUGACGGGUGUCUUAUCCCGUCUGCUCUCUGAGUAUCCGAAAGAGUUCCAGCUCUACACGCAAACGCCAUGCACAUCAAUUACCCAGCCAACGCCUGCAUCGCCAUUCUAUACGGUGACAACACCUCGCGGUUCGAUCAAGACACCUCAUAUCAUUCACGCCACUAAUGCCUAUGUUUCGCAUCUCGUCACCCCUUUACGACGCAUCAUUGUGCCGGUAUGCGAGAGCAUGUCUGCCCAGCGUCCUGGCGUGACGCUGACGCCGAGUACGUUGUCUGGCGCACGCUCGUUCGUCUUCUAUGGUCAGAGAGAAGGAUUCGAUUACCUCACGCAGCUCCCGGGCGGCGAGAACGAGCUCAUGUUCGGCGCUGGCCUUGCAGGUCUCGUUGGACUGGGGAAUGCUGACGACAGUAUGUAUAGCGUUUACAGUGCGACGCAUAUUUCUGGUGCGCUACCUGUGUACUUUGGUGAAAGAAAUUGGGGCGCGGAGGGGGUGGCGGUGGAGGAGGGCGAGGAAGAUGGUGGUGAAUGGCAUCAAGGCCGCGUCAAAGCCCUCUGGAGUGGGAUUCUGAGCAAUUCUGCCGACGGGCUCCCGUGGGUUGGUCGCCUUCCGGACGUGGUAGCGAUCAAGAGGAAGGAAGACAUUGUGAUGGGCUCUGGACGGGUUGGGAUGACUGCGAGUCCUGGAGAGUGGAUCUCUGCGGGAUACUCAGGGGAGGGGAUGGUUCAUGCGUGGAUGAGCGCUAAGGCGGUUGCACAUAUGGUGCUGGGUACGGAAGGCGAUGUGGAUCUGGGAGGGUGGUUCCCUAAAGUGUUCACGGUGACGGAGAAACGGUGGAAGAGUGCCCAGAAGCGGAAUGCAGUGAGGUUGGUGAGUAAGUAGCAGAUGUGUGUGAUCGAAGAUUGGUGUGUGGAUUUGUAUGCUGUGUAGAAUGAUAGUAUGUACGUGUAUGAUUCACACCAGGCUGUUAGAGCGAGUGACGCUCACUCCAGGUGAUCAAAGUAGUGUCCGCAAAUGCACUAGGGACAUGAUGAAACAGCAAAGACUGCGGUGUUUCACAGAAUAUCUCAGGCGUCAGAUAUAUUACAGAGUAUGGGGAUGACGACAACAGAGCUUCCAUGUCGGAUGUCAACGUAAGUAUGGUAAGUCUCAGGCGGUGUAGUACCAGUAGAGUAACGACUGCAAAGAUUCGCGGACUUGUAGGCGACGAUAAGGAGAUGAAAUGAAAAUGCCGCAUUGGGAUGUGAUUCU